GAACGCCAAAAGCAGCAAGAGAUGAGACGCCAAAUUUAUUUCAAAGAAUAUACGGAUGGUUUACAUACAAGAAACGAAAGAAAGAGCUGAAAGACGAUUUGGCUACCUUUUACACAAACAGCUACAGUAAAUUACCACUGUCACCACUAUUCGAGGAAAACGACACUCCCCUGGUAGAUUUUUACAUUUUGCCUGAAAUGAAUUCCAUUGAAAUGCAAAAGACACAUUCACGUGGGGAAGAUGCUAAAACUCCAGUGAAAUCGUUGUCGGACGUAUUCAUGUCUGAAGGUAAUUGUGAAAUAUAUUUAACCGCUGAUGCUGGAUUUGGGAAAACUGCAUUUUCAAAAUACCUUGCACUCACUUGGUGCCAGGCUCAUCGGCUGGAAAAGAAAUAUAAAAAGUAUUUCUCACAAGAUGCAAUCAACACUAUGCGUGAAUUUGAGUUUUUGUUUCUUGUGUUAUUACGGAAUUCUUCUGAUGAUUGUAGCAUUGAUGAUUUGAUAUUUCAUCAAAUUGUGCAAAACUUGUCUCGCUAUUCCUCCUUAACAGUAGAUUCUCUACAGGAAAUUCUGCAUCGUGAAAGGUGUUUAGUGAUUCUAGAUGGACUAGAUGAAUGGACCCAUCCUGUAAAGAAAUGUGCAAAAAUGCCAAAAACGAUCCCUCAUCGUAAUGCUCGUGAAAAGAGUGUUAUCCUUACAACAACAAGACCUUGGAAAUUAGGUGUCUUGAGUCUUAAAACUAGUGAAAUAAGUAAGAAAGUGGAACUAGUGAAACUAACAUCAGAGUCAGCACAGACAUUGGAGGAAAGGGCGAUUUCAAAAAUAAAGAAUAUCGAUGUUGCUGAAGCGAAAAACCUGGCCAAAGCCUUGAAUAAAAAAAUCAAGGAAAAUGAACUUGAGGAACUUGAAUCCGUUCCCCUUCUUACGAUGUAUCUCAUAUGUUUAUGGUGUGACGAUGUACCAAUAGGGCAGUCAAAAUGUGAACUGUAUGCCAGCAUUAUUGAACUCCUGCUGUCAAGAACUAUAAGCAAAUAUCCGGAAAUGGAACUAACGUGUGAACCCUCCAAGAGUGAUAUCCCACAAUGCUUCAGUGAACAUGAACAUUGUACUAAAUACUGCACAUAUCUGGCAGCUUUGGGACAAUUAGCAUUUGAAACGUUAGUUAGUGAAACAAAAGAGAGCAUUCUUGUGUUUGACAAGUCAGUGGCAGAAAGGUAUCUAUCACCAAAUUAUAUGAAAUUAAGUCUUGACUCAGGAAUAUUAACACAAAGUACAGAAAAGUCAUUAACCAAAAAAUGUUCUAAGGUUUCGUUUUCCCACAAAACAGUGCAGGAAUUCUUUUCUGCACUGUAUAUUUGCUGUCAAAAUGAAAGUGAUAUCAAAAUAAUUGUUAAAGAAAACUGCAAAAGUUUACAAAGUAUUCUUGACAUGUCGACAGUAUUUGUUUUCGUCAGCGGAAUGAACGAAAAAAUCAUUUCUUCAAUAUCACACGAGUUGAUGUCUGUGAUCAGCGAAGAUAUUAUAACGAUUGAAUACAGGACUACGACUGAUGGGUACGGUGAACCUCUGAAAGACAUACAAGACAUGUACAUUUCUUGUAUUAAAGAAAACAGGAGCGAUAAGGAACUCAAACUUUUCUGUCAAGAUUUUUUCUGCAGUGAAGAUUGUCAAGAAGAAAAACAUUUUUCAUAUUUCAAACGGCUCGCAUUACAGAAUAAAAACAACAUCGAGUCAAUAAAUAUCGACACAGACGAUGGUCCUAGUUUACAUGAAAUUAUUGAUUCAUGUUCACUGCACGAGCUCUUUAACAUCAAUAAAAUAUUCUACUGUGGUCAAAGUGAAGAAGUGCAACUUCGUGUACUGUUGAACAGGUCGACGAAAUGUGUCGCUGUUUUGUCUUUGUUUGGUUCUUGGACCCGUGAAAUGUGUAAAACAUUACAGGCUAAUUCUCUAUUACAAGCAAUUUAUAUCUCAGAUUUCGCAAUGAGUCACGAUGUACUGAAUGACUGUCUGAAUUAUAUUAUAAACAGAAAAACAAUGAUGGAGAUUAUAUUGGUGAGCUUAUGGUGUACCGAGCACGGUCGUUCGUGUACUCUCAGUUUAGAUUUUUGUCAGCAUUCAGAUCUAAGGAAGUUAGAAUUGCGCGAGAUACCUGAAGUGUCAAAAUUGAAAGUUAAUAGUCAAGUGAAACACGUGAAGUUGGAGAAAAUCAUUAUAGGUGAAAUGUUUCUGCCUCCAGAAAUGGUAAAUGUAAACCGUGUUGUGUUGUAUAGUGUAAUCAUGUCUGCUUCAACAUUCCGUGAUCUCGUUAAGGUAGUGGAGAAACUUUCACACAAAGUCACAGUAAAAGUACGAGAUUGUGAUAUAGAACCGGAAACGGAGUUUGUAUACAUUCAACAAUAUAUACAUUCAUCUAAGAAUUUACGAGUCAUGAAGCAUCGUCGUUGGUGGUUUGAGUUUGAAACAAAAGGGCUGUGAUAAAACCUUUGUUAAG